CAUGUGAGAAGAUGUUCCUCAAAGCCAGGUACAGUAAGCGAACAUCAGGGACGGGCCAGAGUCUUGGGUUUGGCUGCCAUGGCAGAGUCUACAUCCUCGCAGCAGAUAUCUGGAGGAGUUUGGAAGCUGUUGAGUGCAAUGAAGCAAGAUGAGAUAUCUUCUGUUGUACGCAAUGACUUCUGCAUUCUUCAGCUAGCACAGUCAUUCUUCAACAAACAUGGAAAUGACCCUACUAAGUAUGAAUACAUUCGUCAGAAGCUUCGAGAAAUUGGGAGGUUUUUGCUAACAUUACGCAGUGAGUCCUCUAUUUACAGCCUUGAGGAAGCUAUAAAAUCUGCUAAUUUCCAACAUGUUAUUGAAGCUGUAAAGAAAGUGUCAGGUUAUGACGAAGAAAAAAACUACUACCAAAGGCCAAGCCUAGCAUUGAAAUUGGGCCACACAUUGCAAAAGGUCUGCGAGCUCAUCCACUGCAGAGGUCUAAUGGCUGAAGAUGAAGAGUUAAUUAAGUCAACUGAGACCUUCAGAAAGCUAUAUACCACCAAGUGGUCUGAGCUAAUAUCACACAGGGUGUUAAGCACACUGAAUGAAGCAAAGUUCAAUAAGCCGUCAACACUGCCUUUCAUUCGUGAUGUUCAACUCCUUCACAAACACCUGGAGACUACUGCCAAUGCAGCAUCUGAAAACCUGAAAAAGACAUCAUCAUCACAAAGUUUUGCAGAGCUUGCAAAAGCUACGCUUGCAAGGGUAAUUAUUUUCAAUCGUAGGCGUGCCGGUGAAGUUUCUAAAAUGCAGCUCAAAAGCUUCCAGGAAAGAGAGAACACACUACUUCAUGCAGAUGUUGCAGUGGGCCUUUCCAAAUUUGAGCAGAAACUCUGCAGCCAUUUUAGUAGAGUUGAAAUCAGAGGUAAAAGAGGUCGAAAAGUUGCUGUCCUCCUCACACCAGAUAUGGUGGAUGCCCUAACACUUUUGGUGAAUAAAAGAACAGAGUGUGCGGUUCAGGAUAACUGUUUUUUGUUUGCUAGACCCAACUGCCAGAGUCAUUACAGAGGUCAAGAUUGCUUGAGGCUUUAUGCAACUCAGUGUGGUGCUGAAAAUCCACAACAUCUCAGAUCAACACACUUGCGCAAACAUGUGGCCACUAUAUCACAAAUUCUUAACUUGAAAAACAAUGAAUUAGAUCAAGUUGCUGACUUCUUGGGGCACGAUAUUCGUGUACACCGUGAGUAUUACAGGCUCCCAGAAGCGACAACUCAGCUGGCAAAAAUAUCCAAACUUCUGCUUGCCAUGGAAAAAGGGUGUCUCCCUAACCUGCAAGGCAAAUCACUUGAUGAAAUUGAAGAUGAGAUCAACUUAACUGAUGGCAGUAAUGGAACUAAACCUGACAGUGAUACAGAGGAUGCUACAGAAAGUCAAAGCAAUCAGCCAGCUACAGAAGAUAAUGCUGGAGGCUCAACAGAUUCCAUCAGUGGUAACUUUCAGUAUAAUUCAGAUUUUAAUUUUUUUUAUGGAAUGAAGCUUGAUUACCGAGACAAUAAGUUUGUCCACUGCUAAGUGGUAUAU